AUGCGCUCUUUCCUCACCGUGGGCCUGUUUUUAGGAACUGCCGUUGCUUCUGAGCUCAAUGUGCGCACCGUCUAUCAAUUUUCUUCAAACGACACCUGGUUGGAAAAUCUCGCUACACGAUCCAAUGGUAUCAUCCUUGCCACCGAGAUUGGCCCUCCAGCCAAUCUUUUGGCUUUCGAUCCCCGCGAACGCCAUCCCAAAAAGACAGUCAUCAGAGAUUUCACCUCGGUCUUGGGGCUCUCUGGUAUCACUGAAGGCGCCCAUGAUGUCUUCUAUGUAGCUGGAGCCAAUACGACAUCUGAUAAUAUCAGCGAUCCACCAACCAAUGCCACUCAUGUUUGGGAGGUCGACUUCAACACAAAUGGCGAACAGCCGAAGAUCAAACUCUUAUGCCGCCCUACAGCGCCCACUGGGUUCAACGGGCUGACAGCCUUCAAUGAGACAAUCCUACUGGCUAGCGCCACCUACCAAGAUGCUAUCUUUGCCAUCGAUACUGAAACUGGCCGUACAUGGGAGGCUAUUGAGCAGGAUAGUCUUAUGUCUGCCAUAAAUGGAAUCAAAGUCUCGGAUGGCUUUGUUUAUUGGAGUGCCAAUGGUGCUUUGUACCGCGCGGAGCUUUACCCUAAUGUCACCGCUAGUACGGGGCAAUUGGUGUACCAAGCUAGCCAGAUUGAUGACUUUGCUAUUUCCCCGAAUGGGUUUGCUCUCAACUCUACCUACGGUUCCAACUACACAUUUGCAUAUCUUGCCGGCGCUGCUGGCAACACAAUUGAGCAGGUCAUUUUCACCCGUAAUGGGACUGCCAUCGGUGGCGAAAUCAUUGCUGGCUCCGAGGACUCGACGGAAGUCGCUGAGCCGACUGGCGUCUUCUUUGGACGAGGCAAGGGAGAAUUGAACACGAUCUUUGUGACUACCGCUGGCGCCAGUGCCGUGAACGUUGAUGUCAAUGGAACUGAGACAGCCGUAGGUGCACAGUUGCUCGCAAUUCAACUGCGCUAG